CCCAACUUCCCCAACUACCAGUGCCUUAUGCGUCCGUCGGUUCCAGCGUUUCUCCGUCAGCCCCCCGCCGAGCCCAUACAGCCAGGGUCGGAGCCAUGAACUCCGGGUCGGUGGACCUACUCUCCCCGGACGACUCGUUCCUGGUCCGUUCCUCCGUGGUCCGGCUCAGGCUCCGGGCGCAGGCGGAACUAGACCCGCUGCACAUACUGGACUUCUCGGACGGGUUCCUCAUCAAGUUCCUCCGGGCCCGGGACAUGGACGUGGAGCUGUCCCUGAAGCUGAUGCUGAACUACCAGCGCUGGAGGAGGGAGAGCCCUGAGAUCAGCGGCUGUCUGUCGCCGCGCUCCGUCUCCGCACUGCUCGACAACGGUUACCAUGGCGUCCUGCCGCUCAGAGACCACAGUGGCAGCAGGGUGCUGGUCUACAGGAUAUGUCGGUGGAAUCCUAAGGACUGGACGGCCAUCCAGGUGUUCAGGGUCAGCCUGAUGACAUCAGAGGUCAUCGCCAUGGAGACGGAGACCCAGCAGAGGGGGGUCAAGGUGAUCUUUGACCUGGAGGGUUGGAGCUUCAGUCACGCCCUCCAGAUUAACCCCUCCCUCGCCCGCAAGAUCUCCUCUGUACUCGUGGACUCAUUCCCUCUGAAGGUGAAGGCGAUCCACCUUAUCAACGAGCCGAUCUUCUUCGGGCCGGUCUUCGCGAUGCUCCGCCCCUUCCUGCCAGACAAGAUAAAAAAGAGGGUGCACAUGCACGGCUUCAACUACCACGACUCGCUGACGGACUUCUUCCCCACCUCCCUCCUCCCCCCGGAGUACGGGGGGGAGGGGCCGGGGCUGGAGGGGGUGUGUCAGCAAUGGGCCAAUCGGCUGCUCCAGUCCGAGCGGCUGCUCGAGCAGAUCGCCGCCCACCGCACGGGCGACGUCACCGCCGGCAACCAGAUCACGGGAGGAGAGGAGGAGGAGGAUGAGGAGGAGCCUCAGCAGGAGGAGCAGGAGGUGCACCAUCAGGAGGAGGUGCACUAGCAGGAGGAGGAGGAGGAGCCUCAGCAGGAGGAGCAGGAGGAGCCUCAGCAGGAGAAGGAGGAGCCUCAGCAGGAGGAGGAGGUGCACCAGCAGAAGGAGGUGCAUUAGCAGGAGGAGGAGGAGGAGGAGCCUCAGCAGGAGGAGGAGGAGCCUCAGCAGGAGAAGGAGGAGCAGGAGCAGGAGGCUGAAAGAAGGUCAUGAGUUAUGGUAUUGCGGCUCCACCCAAACACAAUGUGCAUCCUCUUGUUACUGUCGUGUCCCUGAGCUGAACUUCACUAACUGGUACUUCUCCAGUGAAGCCAGUUCAGACAGCCUGCAGAGCCCACUGCCCGCCCAGAUGCUCUGGACAUGAGGUCCCGCCUCUCUCCCCAAUCACUGCCCAGUAGAAGCAACUCAUUCCUGAGAUAAGAGGGGAGGGGUGUAGCACCUAGCACUUAACAUAGCCCUUAGCCCAUAGCAUAGCACAUAGUGUAGCAUGUGAUGUUUGUCAUUGGAACAGAUAUAUGUUGUGCUAAGGGGAAUCUGUUCUAAGGUGUGUGUGUCUGUGUGUGUGUGUGUGUGUGUGUGUGUGUGUGUGUGUGUGUGUGAUGGUCACCUAGUGUACUAUCCGUCCUAUUCAUAAUAUUAUCAAUAUUAAAUGUGAUAUUAAAUAUCAUUCUUAUAACAUUCUACUCUGUCCCUCUCCUCUUCUCUUCUCUUCUCUUCUCUUCUCUUCUCUUCUCUUCUCUUCUCUUCUCUUCUCUUCUCUUCCACUCUCCUCUCCUUCUCUCCUCUCCUCUCUUAUUCUGAACAGUUGGAGCCAUGGGUUAUUUAAACGUUUUAUUUUUUUUAAUUCAAGGUAUUUAAACUGUAUUUAACAGCCAGUAUUAUAGCAUUGAUUUUAGUGUUUUAACUGUUGACCAAAGGAAAAAUUGUGAAAUAUAUUACUGGGCGACCUACUUUUUUAUAAUAGUCUGUUUUAAAUAGUCUAUAUUCAGUGUUCAGUUGUGUGUGCCAUUGGACAUGAUUGAAGACAGUUUAGAAAGGUCACUUUGGCAUUUAAUAAAGAAGUAAUGUUGUA